AGACUGCUCUUUUGAAGAAAUCUUUAUCGACACAUGCGGGAUUGUGUGUUUGGCGCAAAUCGUCCCAUAUUUUAUAAGAAAUUAACUGUUUAAUUUGAAAUAACAGUUUCGUCCAACAAUGUCUACUAAGGACGCAAAUAAACAGGUUGAAGACUUCAUUACCAAAUUCAAGAAAGAGGCAGAAACAUUAGUGACAGAUGUAUUUCCACGUAAGAUUAUACAACUUGAAAAAAUUAACCAAGAAAUGAAAAAAACUAAAGCUGGCUCUAUAAAAGCAGAUUUAAAUGUUCCUGUUCCAGACCCAGUGGUGUUCCAUAAUCAAAAUGAUUCAAAAAAUAAUGAUUCAAAAAAGAGGAAAAUAGACUUUACAACAGGUGACUUAGACCACCUGACAGGAUCAAAAGUGUUAGUUCUUCCAAAUGGAUCCGUUCCAGUUAAUGCACAUAUUUUUAAAGCAUGUGAGAAAUUAAAGCCUUUAAUCAAUGAUCUUAUUGAUCAUGCUAAUAUGGUAAAAAUGUGGAUUAGUUUUUUAAUUCCAAAAAUUGAAGACGGAAACAAUUUUGGUGUAUCUAUACAGGAAGAUACAAUGGCAGAAGCUAGACAAGUCGAAAGUGAUGCUGCUACAUAUUUAGAUCAAAUAUCACGCUAUUAUCUUACAAGAGCUAAAAUUGUUUCAAAAGUUGCUAAAUAUCCACAUGUAGAAGAUUAUCGACAAGCUGUUACAGAAUUAGAUGAAAAACAAUAUAUUUGUUUACAAUUAACCACAUGUGAAAUUAGAAAUCAUUAUGCUAGUCUUCAUGACAUCAUCUUCAAGAACUUAGACAAGAUCAAAAAGCCUAGAAAUGCCAAUGCUGAAUCGUUAUAUUAAAAACAAAAACUAUCUGUGAUUGGGGUACAAAAAAUUCUCUGGCCAAAACUUGUGAAUGGUUCGUGUUGUUUUGUGUCAAAUUUAAUCUAAGGAAGUUAAAAUUUGGUGAAUUAUGAAUUCAUUGUGACAUUUGUAAUGCGUAUGUACUUUUAAUGUCUUUUAAAGACUUGUUUUAUUAUCAGCACUUUUCUUCCAUAAACCUAAGUGAAAUCAACAUUCUUAUGAACAGUCUUUAGACACUCAAUAAAAUAACGUUGUUUAUCUUUUCGUUGAUGCAUUUGUGCUAGUUUUGUUUCCAUCAUAUAUAUUUCUCUUUUCUCAAAGUUAAAUACAAAAGCACUGGUUUGCUUGAAUGUCAUUAGAAUCCUUGAUGUGAUUGGUCAAUUUAUUAAUUGACACACUAAGGGUAUAACAAAUACUUUACUUCUGAUGAGCUCAAUAAAUGAUUUACAAUCAAAUUUUUAUCAGCUCAGUAAACAGAAGUUGUUUAUAAAUAAGACUACCAUAUAUGCAUGUUGUUGCAAGUGAUAUUAUACUUAAAAUAUAAUGUUUUAAAUCUGAAACUUUAAACGUUGUAUAUAAUUGGUAGGUGUACAUUAAAAUACAAGAAAACAUC